CUUAGCCUUUCGCAACAGGAUCGUUACAUCAUUCACAAACGAAUAAUCACCACUGUGCAGAAAACUCAGCAGCCCUUUUAGCAAGCAUGGCAUCAGCCGCGCCUUCUGAAUCCAAAUUCGCGGCGAAUGUUAUCAUAAUUGGUGCUGGUGUUUUUGGCCUGUCCACGGCCCUAGCCAUUGCGAACCGACACCCAUCAACUUCUGUAACAGUCGUUGAUCGUUGCACACCUCCGGUGCCAGAUGGAAGUAGUGUCGACACGACACGCUGCAUUCGUUGGGAUUAUCCCGACCCAAUCUAUGCUCAAUUGGCGAAACAAUCCCAGCUUCUGAUCGAGCAAGACCCCGAGCUCAGCAAACAUUUCUUCAAGAGGGGAAUGACCUUUGUGUGCAAUGGUGUCCCAAGCAGAUUCACACAAGGGUGGCAGGACCAGUACAAUCUUACGAAAGACCUAGCGCAGCCUGAACACUUAGUAGACUUGCCAACGCGGGAAACAUUGUUCCAGCGCAUUCAUGGAAAGGAUGCAAAGCCCUUGAAUCGAAUUGUGCUUGGACGGGAGCCACAAUGGAACGUGGCAUACACCAACAAAGAGGAUGCUUUUAUCGACGCGGAAGCGGGCAUACAAGUGUACUACGACCGCUGUCUACAAUACCCGUCAAUUCGCUUUCGCUGCGGCACCGAGGUUGAUCACAUCAAUAUCGAUAAAGGUAUUGCCAAGGGUGUGGUUUUAGCAGAUGGAAGCAAUCUACAAUCUGAUAUGGUCAUUGUUGCGGCUGGUGCAUGGUCAAGCAGGUUGGUCAGUCUUGGAUCACGAGUAUAUCCUAUUGGCCACGAAGUAGUGUGGUUCAAAGUAACGCGGGAAGAGGAAAUGCGAUGGAAGGCCAUGUCUAUUACAACCAACGACAGUACAGGUUUGAAUAUAUUUCCACCAUAUCGUGGCGAAGUCAAGGUGUUGCGCAGGUCACCCGGCGUCAAGAACUCGAUCACAAUUCCGAAGCCAGAGAACCGCUCAGAAACCAUGGAAAUCUCAUAUCCGCGGACACUCGUGACCAAUCCAACAGAUAUCAUACCUGCCAAUGCGGAAGCUGCAAUUCGAGAAGAUCUGCGAGAGAUCAUGCCUUCCCUUGCCAGUCGACCAUUCGAUCGUACAAAAAUCUGCUGGAUCAGCACAACGCCGACUGCGGAUUUCCUUAUUGCUCCCCAUCCGAGCGUUGGUGGUAUUCAUCUGGCAACUGGAGGAUCUGCACAUGCUUGGAAGUUUGUACCAGUAUUGGGUGACCUUGUCGUCGAUUCCAUAAUGGGUAAUCUCUCGAAGGAACUUGAAGACAAGUGGGCCUUCGAUAAGUCGGGGCAGUCGAGCGACCAGGCUGCUCCCCGCAUGGAUGGCGCGCCAGAAGAGCUUCGUGAUGUGGUGAGAACUAUUCAAAGUCACUUUUAGGCAAGGUUAAGGUGGUUCAGAUGACGAAUGAACGGACGGCACCAAGUUUCGACAGCAGAAGUGCAAUAAAGCUGUGGGAAGGGUUU